AUGCGCCUCUUCUUUGUUCUCCACACCUUCUUAAUAGCCGCCUUUCUCACGCAACUUAGGCGCUGCUACAGCGGUCUUAACCCCCCUCACCACUGCAUAAGUAAUUUCACGCUGUCAAAACUGAGCAACAGUUACCACGUAAAAAAUGACAUAAUAAAUUAUGGCAGAUUUAAAUAUGUGUACACUAUUAAGAAUCACCCCAUACAGCAUGUAACGACAAGGAUCCUUGAUUACUUAAAAAGGGAGUCUUCCUUCUGGGUAGUUUAUAACAAGUGCCCGCUGUACCAAAGGAAUUCAUGCUUUAAUGAUAUUUUGAUUAAGAACACGAAUGAUACCACGUCUGUGAGGAAUAACUUUUACUUUUCGGAUUCCCUUUUGUACAUCCCCCAGGCGACGUCUCUCUUUCCCUAUGUGUGUCACUUGCUAAGGGGGGAACAGAAGGGGAGGCACGUUCCUCCACAUUGUGGGGUGUGGCAUAGGACGGAGGAGUGUUCCAAUCCGCAGUGGGGGUGGACACCAAAUGGGGACAUGUCCACCAAGCAAACGGUUAUACGAAGUGAAUGCGCUGUUGAAGAAGCAACGGAGGGGGAAGUGCCCCAUCUGCCCUUGCGCGAGCAUUGCCAAAACGGGGGCAUCGGAAACGCUGCAGAGGGAGGAGAGCGAACUGCCGAGCGAAGCGAACGGACUGUAGAGGGAAGAGAACGAACUGCCGAUCGAAGAGAACGAACUGCCGAUCGAAGAGAACGAACUGCCGAUCGAAGAGAACGGACUGCGGAGAGAGAGUCCUGCUGCGAGCCGCCAGAGCUAUACAGGGGAAGAGAUAAUUUCCUCAUCAUUUCGAACAUUUUCAGAAAAGACAAUAUUGAUAAAUUGCACUUUCCAUUUUUUAACCAAAUGGACAUAUAUAUAAAAAUAAAAAACGAACUGGUAGGGAAAAAAAAACAGCUGCUAUAUUUUCUGUGUUCACUGUUGGAUUCAAUUUUUGGCAAGACACACAAAUGGAGGAUAAAGAAGGACUCCUUCGAUUUUACUAGCCAUUCAUUACAAGCAGAAGUUUAUCACAAUGACAAAUGGGUCGAAAUUUUGGGUUGUGGGAUCUUAAAGAAAAAAAUUCUCUUUAAAAAAUGGAAGCAGUAUGAUGUGGGUGAUUAUUUAGCCAUAGGGUUAGGGUUGGAUAGAAUGGCUAUGAUAAUCUGUGACGUCAACAGAAUACGGGAUCUAUAUUUGUAUAUUACAAACACGGGAGGGAAUACUUUAUUUACAAAAAAAAUGAACACAGAGGGGGGGAGAAUAGGCACGGUUGGAAAUAUGAUUAGACAUGAUGACAUUCCAGGGGGGGGGACAUGUGGAGAUGCGUCGCUUCAAGCAAAUGGAGGUGCGUCGCUUCAAGCAAAUGGAGGUGCGUCGCUUCAAGCAAAUGGAGAUGCAUCGGUUCAAGCAAAUGGGCCAGCUGUGAGGGAAGAACCCACCGGUGAUGAAAACAUCCUAGUAGAUUCCCCCAAGUUGGAGGGAACCCAUUUGAGGAACGCACUACUGAAUCGGUUGUCGAGGAAAAGGGAUCCGAAUCGACCAAAGAGCGACUCCUUUCUGUACUUUUUAAAUUUAUAUAAUGUACGGCACGAGGAGAGAGAUGUAUCCUUUUAUGUCAACUCGAAGUGGGACACGGAGCUUUUCACAAAAACGGUUCUUCAUUUUGCACCUCCUGUGGGCGGCAGUCGUUUGCUCAGGCGGGUUAUACUUCUCGAUGUGUUCAACCAUGAGGGCUCCGGCAGGACCAGUUACACGUACAAAUUUCUGUACGCCGCGCCGGCGAGCAUACGG